AUGGCCUCUAUCGCACCCCAGCAGGGCUCAGCCAAGUCGGGUGCUUCGGCAAAACAGCUCUCCCAAGAGAAAGGAGCUAGAAUUGGGGCUGCAGAUCGCCUCCGGAACUUCGAGGAAGACAUCGACCUUGAGUUGGUGAGCAGCGAUCGUGCUGGGAAUCGCGAGCGACUACAAAGCCGAAUCGAGCGUGACGUUGACGCAGUCAUGCUGGUUGACCAGCUCAUUCCCCACGGCGCUGAGGCGGUCGAGGGAGAUGCCCCGCCCAAUCAUAAUCAGACAGAAGCCCUUCGGGGUGCUGGGGCGCAAUUUUCGGAGUAG